AAUCUUGUCUCAAACAACCACUUACCUGCGGGCAAACCAGAAUGUGACAUCAACACAGAGUCAUACACAACAUUCUUACCAAGCGCAGAAGAGCAACUCAAGUUGGUUAACGAGUUAGUCAUUCUUGUAGGACACAAGUGGGCCGAACAUGUACCUGAAUUGUCCUGGUAUAAAGACUUUUUACCUGAUCACAUACAGCAUAAUAAAAUGGAGGAGAUGAAGAGAAAGACAGAAAAUGUAAUUUAUGAUUAG